UAUUUUCAAAAUAUGUUUAUUCUCUGUUUAUUUGCUCGUUUUACAUUUUGGCAUUUGUAAGCUGUUUUUCCGACUUGAUGCAAAUUUACUUGAGUCAAAGCUCACGUGUUGACAUUAUGCAUUUCCAUUGUUCAAAACUGGUGUCCUAUAGAUAUCAAAGCGUCAAAAAUUUGAUAGAAAGAUAAGGGAUUACACAAAAUUAUGAGAUAUUGACAGAUGGCAAAAAAAAAAUCCUCUUCAGAAAAAAGUCGGGUUCUUAAGAAACAUUAAACAUACUAAUUAGUUAAUAUUGUCGAAAAAAGGAAGGAGAGAGUUAAAUUGUUUACAAAAAUCAGACGUCCAAAGGCAAAGAAAGAUCACUUCAAUUAACCAUUUUUACCAUAAUUAUCCAUACACCAGCGCUGUCAUACGGGCUUUCACGCUUUAUUUUCUCUAGCUUACUUUCACACACAUUUAUUUUCGAAUCGACAUAAAGACGGAAAAAAWUUUUUUUUUAAUGCAUGCGUUUAGUCGUAUAAGCUUACUUUCUUUUGGACGAACCUGAGAGUGAAUAGGAAGGUCGUGGGGCGGGUAAACGUACCGUAAAAUCCAGAUAAUAAAAUAAUUUUGGAAUAAGGGCUUUAAAAUUUCCUUCAACAUUCCUGGUAAUUGCUAAAUUUUAAAGCAAUGCUCAAAAAUAUCUUUCAAGUCGAGGCUUUAAGGUAUAACGUUCCUGCAGCCGAUUUUUUGUCAGUAGGGAUUGGGAGGGUCUGCAAAGUGAUGAAAUAGAUAAGAGAACCAUAUCCCCAAACCUCGACUUGAUGACCAUAUUUAUGAGUGUUCAGCCAAGGCUUAAAUUUAAACUAUUAAAGAGCAUGGCUCGUCCGCAGCCAGAGAUUACUUAAGAAUUUAUUUGAAGCUACCCAUAAUGCUUCACUAGAUUUUACAUAUCAAGAUUUGAGUGGAGUCUUAAUAUUGAGUGAUAUGAGUGGAGUGAAAAGAAAUGAUAUUAGGAACAUGGAGAAAUUGAUUACCUGCUGCAUAGUUAAUGGAGCGGAAUGGUUUGGAAACUCCAUAGAACAAAGCUAUUGUUUUGCGUUUGAUGUUGAACCGUACCAUCACGUGAUACUGACCCUGCACAAUGAACCAAAGCAAGUAUGGCUGAAAAUACUCAUUUCCUUAUCAUUUUCAUGCAUGAACAUUUUGAAAGUGAAAACUUUCAUUCGAUGACCAAAACCCAUGUGAAUGAAUAUUUCCGCGCAGAUACAGUUAACUUUACUAGAUGAUAAAUAAGAAAGCAUGAAAAAAGGCAAUUUCCUUUUCAAUAAACAAUUUGUAUUAAUCAUAAAGGAUUAACUUACGAAUAAUAAUUAUUUUAGAACGUUUUUUAGGGUUAAAAACUUUUCCUUCUCUGUGCAGGGUCAACGUCAUAUCAAUGCAUAAAGUCGAACAAAAACAUAGAACAAUAGGUUUCCCAACCAUUCCGCUCCAUUGACUAUGCCUGCUGUCACGAUGGAAACUGAGUAGCCAUUCCUCUAAACAUUUUAGUACAAGCAUGGUUGAGUCGUAAGAAAAAAGGUUCCUUGCCAUUGAGCUUUCAGUUAAUAAAUCACAAAAAAUCUUGAUAUGUCAUGAUCUGGAAAGGGUAAGAAAAUUCUGAUUGGAUUACUAAGAUUUCUCCUUGAUAGGAAACGAAAAAUGGGCUUACAAAGUUUAUUUGGGAGGGAUAUGGAUUGCGGUAAAUUGAGGGCUAAAAAAGGGGAGGAGCCACUAGCCAUUCCGAGAUUGAGAAAAAGACUGGGUCGAGUUGGCAUUGCAGUGCAUUGUGGGAUUGUUUUAGGAGACAAAAUAGACGCCAUCUUGGAAAUGUUCUCUAAAACAGUCCACAAUGCACUGCAAUGUCAACUUGACCCAGUCUUUUUCGCAAACUCAGAGUUGCUAAUAGGCAAGACUAGGGGAGGGGAGGGAGGAGACCAUGGCCAGGACAAUUUCAGGGGUUAUUAUCAGGACUUUACGGUAUUAACAUAGAAUAUUUAGGUAAUUAGAAAGAUAACUAAGACAGAAAAGACAGCCUUAGUGUUAGAAUUGAUAAUAAAAAUACGACAACAGCAGAGAUAACAAUCACUGAUUGUUAUUUGGAACAAAACGUUUCACUUUUUCUAUUUAUCGAUAAGGAAAUGUACCUGGGGCUGCAGCCGGGGACCUUUGGGUAGAAUACUUGGUUACGCGUUUAUCUUACUAUAGGUUUCUCAUCAAAACACUUGUAGAAUGCAAUUCCUCUGAGAAUAUAAAACUUAAAAGUAUCUUUUCAAGGGCACUGGUAAACAAAGAAAUACUGCUGAAGGAAAGACACGUGGUCUGAAUUGGGGAAACGUAACGCCCAAGCUUUAAAAGGUCUAUUCCAAAUGGCUUACUGAGAUGCGUCCAGAUCUAUGAUUUGGCUGUCAAAUGCGCAGUAUUGUCAUUGGGAGCCAAUGCUUACUCAAUCAAUAGUGUGUGGAAAUAACCGCUUUCUUGGAAGAAAAUGAAGGGGAGUUUUGGAAAGAACUUACGAGUGAAAUGGAUACGAGAACAACAGCAGGCUCCGUUGCUAUAGCAAUAACAUUCCUAGCCACUUUACCAGCGGGAAAACUUGUAGAUUAUUUCGGCCUCCGAGUCGUUUCCUUAGCGGGGUCCUUAAUAUGCGCGUUAAGCCUUCUUUUGACCUCGUUUGCUAAAAGCAUUGUAGUGAUAUACUUUACCUAUAGCCUGGGCUUUGGAGUAGGAAGCAGCUUUCUAUACACUGCCUCCAUGUUUGUCACAACAAAAUACUUCAAAAAAAGACGCGCGACGGCUGUUGGAAUUGUUUGUGCGGGUGGUGGCUGUGGUUAUCUUGCUAUGGGUCCUUUGAUACAGUUAAGUCUUAACGAACUUGGAAUAGCAACAAGUUUUCGGAUCAUGGCAGGAGUUCUUUUCCUUCCUGGUAUAUUCUCUCUCUUGUACUCCUCCGAUACUAAAACGGCUAUGAAAACAGAAGAGAGAAGAGAAGACCUCGAUACAAGACCGUUGAAAAAAGUUCACGUGAAGAAGAAAAUGGUAGAUUGCUUGAUAUGGAAGAAUCCAAGUUAUACAGUGAAUAUUGCAUCGUUAACUCUAGCAAGUCUAGCUCAUUAUAUCCCUCAACUUUAUCUGGUCGAGAACUGCGAAACUCUUGGUAUUUCUGCAAUGAAAGCAUCCCAGCUUUUAAUUUUCAUCGGCCUUGCGACGAUAUUUACUCGUACGACCAUCGGCUUUCUUCUCAACUAUCCGAGGGUUUCUUCAUCGCUUGUCUUUCAGUGUUCCCAGCUUCUUGACGCUUUUGUACAUUUAACGAUACCAUUUGCGAACAAGUACGAACAUUUUGUUAUUGUGAGCGUUUUGUACGGUUGCGCAGAUGGGGCAUUCUGCACGACGUUAAAUCAUAUUCUUCUAACGUAUGUGCGAAAACCUGAGCAAGUUUCUGCGGCUUUUGGUUACGGAUGUAUCGUCAAUUCCAUGACUAUUGCGGCUGGUGCUCCAUUAGCAGGUAUUUUGAUACAAUACUAUAACUCGUACAGUCCCGCAUUCUUCGCCGGCGCCGGUGUCUUGUUCAUCUCUUCGAUGAUUCCUUCAGUUUACUUGUUCAUCGAGGGGAUCAUUUCUCAAUGUUGUAAACAUCCACGGAGAAAUCUCGAAUCCACCAUAGCAAAGUUAUGUCCAAAGCACAAGCUAGAGUGCGAACAUUCUAAAGACAAAGAACGUCUCCAACCAGACCCUGUCGGCCCUUCUCUUACGGCUGUAAAUAUUGGUGUUUUCAUUUGAAAUGAUAUUUGAAACACGUAGGAUACGUACUUAUUUCAUUAGCAACAUGAAGUUAAGAGCCUCGACGCUAUGCAAAGGGGGUCUUUACGCUUGCUCUCUAUCUCUUUAUUCUAGGGCUGAACAGUCCCUAUAUUGCGCGCGAAAUAGCGAGUACCCGCACGCGUAUUUAUGUUGAUAGCGUGGAACAUGGCAAAUAACAAAGUGGAAUCCACAUUUUUAUCGUGUAAACACGUCUGCUGUGUUGAAGGCACGAUAUUUUGGUAUACCCUUGACCAGUGUGAUUAAACCCUGUUGCAAACUGUAAAACCCGCGCAAAAAGAAUUUACAUUGGCUAUAUGUCUCAUUGUCAUCCUAAAGUGUAAUAUAAUUUAUGAUAACAAUAUUAUAUUAUUAUUAUAUUAUUUAUAUGUGACUCCAUUCACUCCUCCCCCUUCCCUUGUAAAGGAAAAGUAUUUUUUAAGGGGAGCGGGAUAAGCGAUGUUUAAAUAUAAGUGGGUACCUUUUUUUGUAGGUUUGUAUUUUUUUAUCAAAAGGAAUUAAGAUGUACGUAUUUAUUGAAUGUCAAUAGUUGAGAGUAAAUGACCACAGGUAGCCCAAUAUGGGCUGUUUGUCACGUAUUUCGAUUUGAGAUUUAUAUACGUAUAUAUUUGUUAGCGUAUUAAUUGAAUGUAAAUGAAAAGUCAAUGUUCAAGAAUAUAAAAUAAAAAAACCUCAAGGAUCCAAAAA